AUGGUGUCCGUCGCGCAGCCGUUCUUCACCGGCCCAGCCGCCAUGUCCUUCAGCAGCCAGCAGCAAGACGAGCAGGAGCGCUAUGCCCGCUACUGGUCCCAGUUCGCCACCUAUCCUCCCUCCUCGCAGCCGGCGGCGCCGGCCAUCCACGUGCCCGCCGUGGUGCCAUCGCAGGCUUGGUCCGGCGACGACGAGUACUCGUCGUCCAUCCCCCAUUUCCCCCAGGCCAGCUUCUUCGAGGAGCCUCAGUCGUUCUAUCCUCAGCCGGAUUUCCUCAUGCCUCCCACCUCGGCCGCCUCUCUGCCCGUCUCUUCAGUGCCCUCGUACCAGUCUUCGCCCUCGAUCGCAUUCUCGUCGCCCCAGAUCCCCUUCACCGCGGAGCCCGUGACGGCGUCGUCUUCGUCGUCUCACGCCCACAAGCACGCCCGCACCUUCUCUCACGACUCGUAUGUCUCCUUCACCUCGACGCAGGCCCGCAGUCCGGAUGCGUCCGAGUCUGGCUUCUCCCGAUCCUCGUCCCCGAGCAACGCGGACAUGAACCAGUACGGCUACCUGAACGCGCAAGGCACGUGGAGUUGCAACUAUCCCGGCUGCACGUCCAGAGCGGUCUUCACCCGUGGAUGCGAUCUCCGCAAGCACCACAAGCGUCACACAAAGUCCUUCUUCUGUCGCUACCCGGGCUGCUCGCAGUCAACCGGUGGCGGCUUCUCGAGCAAAAAGGAUCUCGCCAGACACGAGGCGAAGCACAAUCCCGGCGUCGUCUGCGAGUGGGACGGCUGCGACCGCGUCUUCAGCCGCGUAGACAACAUGAGAGAUCACGUCAAGAGAAUACACUUGAAGGGGGCCAAGCGUGCUGCUGCAGUUCGCCACGCGUCCAACUCUUCGCAAUCGUCAACAAAAAUGACGUGAAGAAGAACAGUACUGGAGGGCUCUUCUCUUUUCUUAGAUUGGGAGCAAAAAACCCACCACUCUCAUAGCAAAAACCUUCAUGAUACCCAAGAUGUUAUGCGCCUAUGUCGCUUGCAGGCGUACACUCAUUCCACGGGGAAAGACGGAUCGGCAUGGUUUCUUGGGCGCGGCGCGGCAUCUUCCUGAUUUUCUCUCUUAUCCCCGUCAAUUCUUCUUCCAUGAGAACCGUUUCACGCUUCUGGC